AUGAAUGUAAAGACAGGUAACGUUGCACGGCCAUCAACAUCCUCACCACAAAACCUCUGUGCUAAAGCUACAUGGAAUCAAAAAGGUAUUACAAUUGCCGGAGGUAAUGGAUACGGUUCAGCACUUAAUCAGUUAGAUGAUCCAACAGAUAUGGCUUUAGACAGUAGUGGAAAUCUGUACAUUGCUGAUAGUGGAAAUAGCCGUAUAUUAAAAACUGUUAAAAAAACUGGAAAAGUCACUAUACUCGUCUCCGAAAUCGCUCCAUAUAAUCUAUUCUUUGAUAAAAGUUACACUUAUUUAUAUUAUACAGAUCAAACAAAUAGUCGUGUUCAAAAAUUAAACAUUAAAAGUGGGAUACAGACGACAGUAGCUGGUAUUGUUUCAAAUAGUAAUGCAGAUCAGCUGAGCCAACCAACUGGUCUGUACGUUGAUUCACAUGGAGCAGUUUACGUAGCCGAUGGUGCGAAAGAUGAUGUAUUGAAAUUUAAAGCAGGACG